CGCCACUUGUGUCUGCUACGUUUUGUUUACAUGUCUCAAUGAGCAUUUUAUAUUAAUAUACAGUAGCAUUUAUCAAUUUGAUUUAGUGUCUUAUUUAUUCAUUAGUAAAGAAGAUUAUUAAAAAAUAAUUAUGGAGAACUUGGAUCCACAAAUUAGAGAGAAAAUUGUUCAGUUUGAAGAAUUUAUAAACUUCAAGCUCAAAGAAGAUUUACGCAUACUGGAGCAACAAUUAGAUAAAAAAAAUACAGAGAUUCUCGAGUUCCAGCAGUUGAAAGAUACAAUUAAAGUUUUAAAAGAAAACAAAAUGGAUGAAAAAGGUUUCAAAACGAAAGUAGAUAUAGGUCAAAAUAUAUUUAUGCAGGCACAAGUCGAUGACGCAUCGAAAAUAAUGUUAAACGUUGGAUUAGGUUAUUAUGUUGAAUUUACUCUGGAUGAAGCUUUAGUUUUAAUUGAUGUACGAAUAAAAAUUUUCAACAAACAAAUAGAAAAUUUAAAAACAGAAGUUGCAAAGACCAAUGCGCAUAUUAAGUGCAUGUUGAUAGGCAUACGAGAACUUCAGGGCUUAGAUCCAAAAACUAUUGAUGACUAGUUCAGAGUAUCAGUGAUAAAAGUUACAUUCUUAUUUUAUUAUUUUAUUUUAAAUGUAAUAAAGAUUA